AUGGAGGACUCCGGCUGGAACGACUCCACAGACCUUCUCCAGGGCAUGGAUAGAUCUCACGAUCUCAAGCACUCUCUCCCCUUCGACUCAUCUCAACCUCUCUUAGACCUCCACCUCGGAUCCGACCUGUCUCUCGACCCAUCGUUCCUGAAUGGCUGGUCUACCCGAGAUGUCUACUAUUCAAACUACCCUUCCCGUCUGACCGAUCAAGAUGCCUGGAAUCCACUCCUGCUCACUGGUGUCCCGGCAUCCUCGUCGCUGUCGCAUAUGAAUAUGUCGGCGCCGUUACCCGAGCAGGAUUACUGCUUGUCGCAUCAUCAGUACAGUGAUCCUUCUGAGAGCGGGAGCCAAUAUAUGGGUAGUUAUUCGGCGGAUUCGGGAUAUGGAGGAACGAGUUGCGCAACACAGUCUGUUGUCGCUUCGACUUAUGGCGUUGAUUCGUCGCCGCAAAUUGGUGCCAAGGAGAACGCGGCUGGUUCCGCGCCUUUGUUUGCUCAUGCGCGUUAUGCAUCUGGUUCUUCGCUUGCUUCUGAGCUUGCUGGGUCGCCGUCGCAGAUGUUUGAUGGUGUUUUUAAGUGUGAUCAUCCUUCUUGUGAGUGGAGUGGGAAGUGUCCAUCAGAUAAGAGGAAGCACGAGGCUCGCCAUCGCAAGUUGUUCAAAUGCGACGAGCCGAAUUGUCCUCGCAAGGAAGGAUUCGGGACUAUCAAUGACCUCGCCCGUCAUAAGAAAUGCGUGCAUAACAAGGAGCCUGAGCGUGGGCCGAAGAUGAUGUACAUGUGCUUCGGCUCAAGCUGCCCACGACCAAAUAAGAAAUGGCCACGCUUGGAUAACUUCAAGCAACACCUUAACCGCAUGCAUCAUGACGAAGAUGGAGAUGCGCUAUUGAAGAAGUCCAUGGACUGGUAUGACAAGGUCAACGGCCGUCACGCAGGACAGAGCUUCGACGAGCGCAGCACUCGAGAUGAAUCAGUUUCUGAAGAACAAGACGAUGUCUCAUCUGUCCAAUCCACCACCGAAUUCGAGCCAGUCUUGCAAGAGCAGACCGGUCUGUUCACAUUCGGUGCCACCCAGCCCACCCAAUACAACACCUCAAUCGCCGACUCUGAACCAUCUCAAUUCCCCAUCUUCAGCCCAUGGGGCGUAUCACCAACAACCCAAGACCCCACGACAGAAAGAGCCAACACCAAACCUGACAACUCGGUAACCGACGCAGCAGACAAUCUCAUAAACGCAAUGACAAAGAUGAUGAACAACCGCAACCGCAAAUCGAGCCAAACAAUCGACGAAGGAAUCGACCUCGAAUCAGAUAAUACGCAACUAACCCAACCCCAACGCCAAAUGCUCCAAAAAGUCCUCUCAGUAGCCCUAGAACGGCUCUCGGACGAAACAGGCAGCCCAACCCAAGCCGAACCCAACCCAAGAAGAAGCUGGUUCCAAUGCGACGCCUGCCCCAAACAAACCCGCCUCCGCUGCGAAAUGAAAAAGCACCAAAAACGCCACGAAAGACCCUACGGCUGUACAUUCCCCCACUGCGCCAAAUCCUUCGGCAGCAAAGCUGACUGGAAACGCCACGAGACAUCUCAACAUCUCCACGUCCCCAGCUGGAUCUGCACAGCCCAUGAUUCGCACAAGGGUACUGUAUGUGAGCGGUUGUUCGGCAGCGUGGAUACGUAUACGCAGCAUGUGCGCGGGCAUGGCGUUCAUGAAUAUGAAGUUGCGGCGCGUGCUAGCACGAAUCGACUCGAUCUGGCGGAUGGAUCGCAGUUUUGGUGUGGGUUUUGUGAUCGGAAGAUUCCGCUUCGGAGUGAGGGUGUUGCGGCGCUGGAUGAGCGGUUUAAUCAUAUUGAUCGGGAUCAUUUUAAGAAGGGGGAGAGGGGGGUUGAUUGGCGGUUCCCGUCUGCGUCCGAUGUUAUGGAUACGGGUUUGGAUGCGGCUUCGUUAGCUGGUUUGAAAAAUCCGCCUAGGAAGGCUGCUGCACUUGGGACGAGAAAGCGUAAGCUUGCUGCUCUAUAG